AUGUCAUCACGACGGUCGAUCUACUUCAACCCUGCGGCAGCAAAUGAGCACAAUGCUUCCCCGCAAAUCGCAGGCCUAGCAGCAUUCCACCAAUCCUUCCCCAACUAUGCGCCAACUCCACUAGUCCAACUCCCAGAGCUUGCAGCCGAGCUAGGUGUUGGUAAAGUCUUUGUGAAAGAUGAGAGCAACCGGUUCGGGCUACCAUCAUUCAAAGUUUUAGGUGCGUCAUGGGGCUGUUUCCGAGCGAUUGCGGCGCAACUCGGUCUGCCGUCUACGGUCUCGCUCGAUGAACUUUCAAACCGAGCCAAAGAAGCCUCAAUUGUUUUGACGACGGCGUCGAUGGGGAACCAUGGACGGGCAGUUGCAUUCAUGGCUCGCCUCCUCGGUAUUGAGGCGCGGAUUUUCGUUCCUCGGUCUUUGAACCAGUGGACUCGGGAUCUCAUCGCUGGGGAGGGCGCUCGUUUAAUGGUCGUCCAGGGUGAUUAUGAUCGGGCGGUGCAGGAGGCUGUUGAUGAGACCCGUGCGGGACAGGGUGUACUUCUCAUCCAGGAUACCGCAUUUGAGGGGUAUGAGGAUGUUCCUGCGUGGAUUGUGGAGGGAUACUCUACCAUGAUGCAUGAAGUUCAGAAUGAACUUUCUCGGUUAGGUCUAUCGGGUAGUGUGGUGAUCACACCGGCUGGUGUGGGCAGCCUUGCACAUGCGGUUGCGAAGCAUUGCAAGUCGCAGAGCACACCUAUGUCUGUAGUCGCUGUCGAGCCUGACACAGCUGCAUGUCUAUCUUCUAGCUUGGCUGUUGGAAAGCUGGUUACCAUUCAAACUUCUUCCACUAUCAUGGAUGGUAUGGACUGCGGCACAGUAUCUUCUACUGCCUGGCCGGAUAUGCAGCGUUUGCUUGAUGCCUGCGUUACCGUCUCGUCCUAUGAGAGCCACUGCGCUGUGCAGUAUCUGACUUCGAAAUCUGUGGCAGCUGGGCCAUGUGGAGGUGCAUCGUUGGCUGCACUGCGACGACUGGCUACAUCAAAGGAAGCUACGUCACUUCUAAACAAGGAUUCUGUGGUCAUUCUUCUCAGCACAGAGGGUGCGCGUGAGUACUCAGUUCCAAAAGAUGUCUCUGUUGAGGAUGUCGUGGGCUUAACUCAAACUCUUACUCAAAUCAAUUCUUCCAACCCGACCUUGUCUGUAACAGAUGGAGUGGGCGAGACUGAAAUUGCAAACUAUCUCGCCGCCUGGUUUGCCCAUCGAGACAUUGAAUAUCAUUGGAUUGAGAAGGUCGCUGGACGACCAUCUAUUGUCGGAGUAUUGAGAGGUAGCGGAGAUGGCAAGUCUCUCAUGUUCAAUGGCCACACAGACACCGUCAGCCUCUCCAGCUAUGAGGCAGAUCCCCUGUCCGGGUCUAUUGGAACCAAGAAUGGCAAAGAAGUUGUCUUUGGCCGGGGUUGCCUCGACAUGAAGGGAGGUCUGGCUGCAGGAUUGGCUGCCCUUGCAGCAACUAAAGCUAGCGGCUGCAUACCUCGGGGUAAUCUCAUUGUGGCUGCAGUUUCGGACGAAGAAGAUGCCUCACAAGGGACUCGGGAUAUCAUCGAGGCUGGCUGGCGUGCUGAUGCCGCUGUGCUUCCCGAGCCAACCCAAGGCGUGAUAUUCACUGCCCACAAAGGAUUUAUGUGGGUGGAAGUCGACAUCCUGGGAGUUGCUGCACACGGGUCCGACCCUGUAUCAGGAGAAGAUGCCAUCAUGUAUGCCGGAUCCUUCCUGCAGGCUUUAGAAAAGUACCAAUCUCAGCUACCAGUAGACGAUCUCCUGGGCCAGGGUUCGCUACAUUGUGGCUUGAUUCGAGGUGGCGAAGAGCCUUCCUCUUACCCGGACAAGUGCACUAUCACUGUCGAAUUCCGCACCGUCCCAGCCCAAACAGAACACUCAAUUCUAAAAGAUAUCAGCGCGCUACUGGAAGAAAUUUCUCAGCAAAAGGCUGGUUUCAAUUACACCGAGCCGCGAAUCACCAUGUCGCGCCCUACACAGAAGGUGGCAGCUGACCAUCCGUUCGUGCAGAAGGCCAUUGCUUGUGCCUCUGCUGUGCUUGGGAGCGAGCCUGCCGUUAAGGCCGGUCCAUUUUGGACGGACGCGGCUUUGCUUGGUGCUGCUGGUAUCCCAUCCAUUGUCUAUGGUCCAGCAGGAGAGGGUCUUCAUGCCAAGGAGGAAUGGGUUGAAGUUGAGAGUCUUCAACAGUUUGAGAAGGUGUUUACUCAACUUGUGCAGGACUUUUGUUAUUGA